AUGGUCAAAGACAAGCCAUCAACCCAGCCAAAGAAGACCACGCCUAAGCGAGCUGGUCGAUCAGCCAUCACUGAUGUUGUCGCUCGAGAGUACACCAUUCACCUUCACAAGCGGGUACAUGGCAUAGCCUUCAAGAAGCGAGCUCCACGAGCCAUCAAGGAGAUCCGAAAGUUUGCGACAAUUGCAAUGGGCACAAACGACGUCCGUCUAGAUCCUCAACUCAACAAGAAAGUCUGGGAGUCGGGCAUCAAGGGUGUUCCAUUCCGUCUCCGAGUCCGGAUCAGCAGAAAGCGAAACGACGAGGAAGGCGCGAAGGAGAAGCUGUACAGCUAUGUACAGGCCGUAAAUGUCAAGAAGGGUGGUGAGAAGGGACUGCAGACUGUUGUCGUUGAAGACUCUUAG